AUGGGGUCCGCGCACGGCUGCGAUGCCACUGCCGACACAGGCAGGGACGCGAGCCGCAGUGCAUGCGAACCAGUCCCGAAAGAUGCACAGACGCAUACGGCAUGCACCUUGCACAGCAGGCAGAUCCGGUCGCCGGUGGACUUCUCUGCGGAAGUGCGGCUCCCAGCAGGCGCUCACAUUUCCUUUCAUCGGCUCUCAACGCGGCGAGUUCUCACAAGAGGCCCAGGCGAGGACGGCUCGGCGGAUUCGGAGUCGGAAGAUCAACAAGUGGACCAGGUUUCAGCGUCCACGUGCUGCGCGGCCUGGCAUGGCGGCUUGGUCCGGGACCUGCCGAGCUUCGAGGACAGCUGCUUAUUCCUGCUGUCGGUGAAGAUACGGGAGUGUGGACACAGAAGUUUCUUUCACUUGGACAAUAUGGACCCGGAAGAUCAAGACUACCUUUCACGGCGCCGUAAGGCCAUGGACACCGGCCCCAUCACAGGCACUCGGUUGAUGCACAUGGACGGAUGGCUGUACCGUGUCUCUUGUAGUUUCGGCAUAUUCUUGAUGGCUAGCGUCGAAUCAUUCGCCGAUCCCAGUUUGGCGUGGGAGCCUUCCGAACCCGAGAGCUGGUCGUUGACCGAAGGUGGAAAGGGCCUUCGAGUCCAGCCAACAGCUAAGCGUGAUUUUUGGAGUCGGACGUUUUACAAGCCCCUGCUCAUCAAGAAUGACGGUCAGGUCUUGGUGUGUCCGGUGGCUGACUCCGAGGCAACCAUGUCUUUAGCUUUCACCCUGCACCCGCGAGCACAAUUUGAUCAAGCUGGUGCCAUGGUGAUUGUGGAUGAGCUCACCUGGAUCAAAGCCGGCAUUGAAUUUUGUGAUGGCGUGCCCAGGCUGUCCUGUGUGGUCACAAACCACGGGUUCUCUGAUUGGAGUACACAGCAGUGGCCCCACUGGGAUGGCUCCAGCACCUCCUUGCGCCUCCGACUCCACCGGGAACUCCCGGGACCAGAUCAAGGCCCGGCCGUUGUGGUGGAAGCUGCACCUUGGCACCCAGGAGACACUGCAGCAACGCCGGCGGAAUUUGCUUUUGUACGCAUUGCGAGCUUCCGAAGCGAGGACAAGCCAUGGAAGAUGGGAGUGUUUUGCUUUGCGCCAACUGAGCAAAAGGGCACGUGGGCUCUUCUUCUGGUUUGUGGAGAGCGGAACAAGACCUUCGUCGAGCAGAUUGUGAGGAGAUGGUCCUUUGUUCACCUUCAUUGCCUGCCGAUAUCCAACUUCAGUCGCGAAGGGUACGCCAACUUCCGCAGAUCUCAGGAGUUGCUGUCGUGGAUCGAUGGUGCUGGCGGCAAGCUGGAAUGCGACUCUCUUCUUCUGCGCCCGGGUGUCGAAAGCUACUGCAGCUAUGACCUGGUUGGAGCACCGUGGAGCUGGGCAGAGGAUGCAACCUCGGUUGGCAACGGCGGCUUGUCUAUCAGGCGUUGCGAGUUCCUUCGCGCCGCUUUAGAGCACAUGCAGGCAACUUGUGCCGGUGAAGUGCCAAGCCCAUGGCCCUGCCGAAACGAAGACAUCUGCUUCGCGCGAGCAGCUGCAGACCUGGCGGCAAAGGUUCCUUCCCGGGAGGUGGCACAAGAAUUCUCGGUGGAGACGAUUUACCACCCUGCUCCGGUCGGUUGCCACAAGCCGUGGCAAUAUCUGUUGCCGUCGGAUAUGCAACGAUUGCUGCAGACUUGGGAGCCGGCAGACUAA